AUGGCUUCCCCCGCCCCCGCCACCACCCAAACAACCACCGAAAAGACCUCACAAAGGACCUUUACCAUUGGCACCCGCAAAUCCAAAUUGGCCCUCCUCCAAACAGACCUCGUCCUUGAGGCAUUGAAGAAGGCCUUCCCGCAAUAUGAAUAUAAGAUAUUUUCCAAGGAAACAGCUGGUGACCUGAACACCACUAUUGCCCUGCGAGAUUUCACCUCCAAGAACCUGUGGACAGAGGAAUUGGAGGAAUUGAUGAUCAGCGGACAGGUUGAUCUUAUCGUACACUCUCUGAAAGGUUCGAUAAAUCCCUCAGGCUCGAACAAAUUUCAAAUGCUGACGUCUUUCCACAUCUUAUCAGAUGUCCCCACUACUCUCCCCUCCUCCUGCAUGCUAGGUCCGAGCAUGCCCCGCGAAGAUAGCAGGGAUGUCCUCGUGGUGAAACACGGCCUGUCAUACAAGAGUCUCUCCGAAAUCCCCGCUGGCUCCGUAGUGGGAACCUCCUCUAUCCGUCGCACAGCACAAUUGGCCCGGAAAUACCCCCACCUAAAAGUCCAGGAUGUCCGCGGUAACAUCGGUACCCGUCUUGCUAAGCUGGACGCCGAAGAUAGUCCUUACACUUGCAUCAUCCUUGCGGCUGCGGGUCUCCUGCGCCUAGACCUGGCGGAUCGUAUCACGCAAUAUCUUGACUCCAAGAGCAGUGGCAUGCUCUACGCUGUUGGCCAGGGUGCUCUUGGUAUUGAGAUCCGCAAGGGGGAUAAGGUGCUGGAGGAUAUGCUGAACUCCAUUGGCGAUCAAGAUACCACUUUCUCUGUCUUGGCUGAGCGGAGCCUUCUGCGCACUCUCGAGGGUGGCUGCAGCGCCCCUCUCGGAGUUGAGACCAAAUGGAUCCAAAGCCCGGAGGGAAAGAAGCUGCUGCACAUGCACUCUGUCGUUGUCAGUGUCGAUGGCAAGGACUGUGCUCGGGUUGAGUUGGAAGCUGAUGUUACUUCCGCUGAAACUGCUGAGGCUUUCGGUAUCACUGUCGCCAAAGCCCUGGUGGCUGAUGGUGCCGGUGCCAUUCUCGAGACAAUCCAACAGAACAAAACCAAGGAGAACGCCUCUGCUUGA